UCCUUUUGCCUUUAUCAGCAAAUAUCGCUAUAAGCCUUAAUUUCGCAACUUUUAUGCAAAGAAUCUAACGAAAGGUGUAUGAUGUAUCCUUUGCUACAAAUUGACGUAUAUAAAGAAAAGAAAGGAAAAUUCUACCGCGAAAUUUGCCGAUAAGACCCAUUAAAAUUGUUUUGUUUACGAUUGUAAAUUUAAGCGGGAAAUUUCCCGUGUAGAAACCAGUUGUAGAAACACGCUUCUCGACCAAUCAACGCUCGCGUACUAUGAAUGUGCUAUAUUAUCAUACUUACUUCGAAAAUGAGAAGCCAAGGGGGGCCAUUUGUUGGAUUUUAUAUAUAAUGCAGAGUAUAAUGCGAAGUAAUUUUAAUAAUCAUUGCAUUUCACUUCUGGCUUUCAAAGGAGAGAGGCGCUGUUCUUUGUACAGAAAUAUAUUUUGAAAAUUCAAAAGUUACGACGUAUCAUGGCCACAGAUGAAACUCCGGGUGAGUGAGUUCAAGAAGCUAGAAAUUUCUGUUUUUUAAUAUAUAUUUCUGCAUGCGAAUCCACUUUGAUGGAACAAGCAUUUAGUAUCGUGAUAGCACGGGGUUCGAUCCAUCGACGUACUGAUUCCUAACGACAUCACACAACUUUACACAACUUGGGCUUCUGUAGGAAAGAUCUGAAGGCAAGAAAGAAGCUAAAAACCCAAUAGUUAAACUGCUCAAAUGAUCAACAUUUAUGAUAUUUUGAUUCAAUAUAUACAUACAAAGCAUAAAUUACUUGGCUUCGAAAUUGCGAAGUAAUCUCGGAACUUUAUUUUAAUAUUUGGGAGGUCUUCGGAUGAAUUCCUUCAACUGCUUUCAGUAGUUCGGUAACAGUUUAUAAAACAUAGCAGGCGAUUUUGAAUUUAAAAACUCACUUUACCAGUAGAGUUAUGACAGGAUUUAUGCAUGAAUCACCUUACUUCAGCUCAGUUGUGGAAAUUUGGCAGGUUUUUACAUUUUCUGGUUAAAAUAUCAGACAGAUUGUCUACUUUAAAAAAUUCUAGCAACAAAAAUAAGACCUACAAUGAUACCUUUUUAGCCCUCUCUCUUGAUAAAUAAAAUUGUCUGACACUAGACAGAGUAAAAGUAGUUAGGACUAGUGUCAGCGAUACCAGGCCCAAAUCGGAUGUAGUCGAUACUGCACAGUAUUGAAAAAGUGUUUUGAUUACUUUUAAAAUUAGAGAUUCAUUAUAAUUCUGUAGUUGUGUCAUCAUUUUCAUGGCUAUUUCUAAUAAAAUUUAUGUACUUUUUUGUACUUUGCUGCAUUUACCAAUUUAAUCAAACUUCCUUUACUUUAUUUGACAUUUUAUCCCCUUCCCUGAUCAAUAUUCCUGACCUUGUCGACAGAAUAAAUAAGAAAAAGGCGGGAAAUAAAGUAUAAUGGUGGAAAAUUCUGAAAUACAAUGGUUGUCGUAGUAAUCGUUUGGGUAAUCGAUACCUCGAUACUUUUACGAAAAAGUAAUCGGUAUCGAAUCGAUACUGGUGGUAUCGCCCAUCACUAGUUAGGACUUGGGGUGCUUUCCAGGGUGGAAGGUUUCGCCAUGGGGCAAUUGGUUGCGGAAAACAAAAGGGGCCUGUGAAAUGGCAACUCAUCCAUUAAAGCCCCGUUUACACUACGCUCAAUUUUUGGUACAGCAUGGAUAAAUUGGGGCACAAUGCAACCAAAAAUCAAGCGUACCGUAGUGUAAACAGGGCUCAAGUUGCAUUGUGCCCCAAUUAGUGCUGUGUGCCGGAGUUGCCGGAGCCGGAGUUCUGCCAGAGCUCCAGCGGUUUUUCUGAUGCCGGAGCCAGAGCAGAAUUUUGUAUGCCGGAGCCAGAGUUACGUUUUCCCAGCUCCGGCAAAAUGACAAGAAAACAAUAUGAAAUGAGACAAAUGUCAAACGAUUGUUAGUUACUGCAAACUGCCAAUUGCUGUUAAUGAAUUCAUCAUAGACUCAAACUGCCACAGCCCACAGGAACAGCAUCGAAAAGCUGUAAUACGAUCGCAACUUACAAACGUCAUGCUUUCAUGAAGCCAUCUGACUUAGCUCUACAUACUGUAAUCUGUAUAUUCAUGCCUUGUAGAUAACGAAAAAAUACAAAACAAAUAAAUAUCAACCUUUUGAAAAUGACAGUGUGCUUUGUUUGCGUGUGAACAAUUGCGCUGUGGAGUCUGAGAGUGUUAGCGUCAUGCCUGGUGUCAAAGAUUUUUCGAGGCUGGUUUCCAUAUAGAUAUUUUCUGUGUGUUUUCACUGUUCUGUUUCCAGGGUUCGAAUUAGACAGGAAACAUCGAUUCGCAAAUUUCCUUUUUGAAAAUUUAAGGAAAUUUUAGUUUUGAAAAGUGGAAACACUGCUUGCAAAAACCAAAAUGGCGGUCGUUUCGUAGCGAAUUUCGUAAAUUUUCUGAAGAAAUUGUAGCCAUAUUCUUAAUUUCACACAUCUUUUUAGUACAAAAUUACAAUAAUAGUCAGCAAAAUACUUUAUAUCUUACAUUAUAGUAGAAUACAUUCGAAGUGAUUGUGAAAAGCAACCUGUUUUUUCGAAACGUCAUUCGCAAAAUGGAUGAUUUUGCGUUCGCAAAAAGCGAAUUUUAAUACAUUCGCAAAUUGCGAAUAGCGAGCCGCUAAUUCGAACCCUGUGUUUCCUGAGUUAUGUUAUCUGAUAAUUAGGAAGCGCGAAAAGGGUUAUUCAUAAUAAUAUUAAUAAAUGUUCUCUGAUCGUAAAACAUUUAAUAUUCCCCGUGGAUAUUCGUCCGACACCGGAUCUUCCUGCUUCACGGCUAUUCAUCCGACAACGCUUUAAAAGCUAACACUAAACCACUAAAAGGGUUGCGUUGUUUCUUAAGAACGAAGCAACAACAUAUUCGAUACGCUAUACGUUUCGUACGUGGUGCGUAAGCGAAAAUCACGAAGAAAAAAAAAAAGUAUAAAAAAAAAUAAUAAAAUAGUUGCGCGAGCAGGAAUCGAUCCCAGAACUUGGCGCACACAAUACGGUUGCCUAAACCACUACACUACGAAGGAUUCGCUUGAAAUUCAAUUAAAUUAACGCUGUUUUAUUUUUAACGACUUUAACGAUAUGGAAAUGUCGGACGAAUAUCCACUUCCUUUAAUAUUUAAAGCUAGAUUACAGUCCAUUCUGCGCAUGUGCGGGCUUUGUUUACAUUUUUUGUUUUGGUUUGGAUCCACUUCAAUUGUAUAAUAUGAAGUAUAGCGGCUAUGCACUAUAUAAAUGGAGUCCGAGUCAGGAGUGGAGUUGUUAAUUUUUUUAAAAUUGUCUUCUGAAAGACAAGCAAUUAAAUAUUUUGAAAGAUCAUGAAUGGAAGAUAUAUUGUUGAUCAAUUCGGCAUUUGUUUUUUGUGUGCCUCGUUGAUGAAACAUUCAGAAGAGACCGACAAAGCCGACCCAAAGGUGCGAGUCAUUGUGUUGAUUAUAUUAAUGUUCGGCAUUGUAAAAUAAACUUUGGAAGUGUCAAAGUAAUCACUAAUUUUUCCUUGGGGUAUUUGUUCGUCAAAACACAUUGCCAAAGUCAUUGUUGCUGUCAUGGCAGAAGCACUUGGAGAAAGCUUUUCGCUGGAAGAAUUGGAAACGAUAUGUUCAUGUCGCGGCUUGCUCCAGCGGGGCCUCCAGCUUCUGUCUUCGAUAGAGUAUGGGUAUUUUUUGCUCAAGCGCGUGCCGCGAAGAGGAUUUUGAUACAUGUAUGAACAAUCGAAGGACACAUGGUGAGUUUGUAUUAUUGCUAUUAGUUAUGUACUGUUCAUUAGAAACGUGCUUCACAUGUAAUCUUAUUGUAUUUGUUCAUUAGUUUAUAACUUUAUAUAUGUUUUGUUAGUUUAUACGCAAAAAAAUGUGGCCUGAGCAAUGGUUAAUGUGAGAAUAUGUAAUGUUGUUCACCGCGAUAGUUCACUCAAAGGAUAAUGAUUAUCUAACAAUAGCUGGGUAAACUUUGUUUACAUAUUUUGAUACUUUGCCUGCCAAAAAUAUACACAGACUUAUAUUUCUGAAAGCUUUAACCACUGGCUUUAACACACAUGAUUUGUUUUAUUAAAUACCCCACAUAAUUAUGCAUAUCCUUGCCGGGUAAAAUAUCAAAUUAUGUAAAAAGGCUUACCUGUCUAUAUACAAGUGUACAUAGCUGUGAAAAUGCAGUAAUUUGGUGGUAAGAAAUAUCUGUGUUUCACUGUGCUUGAGUCUUUGCAUUUAAUUAAUGAUAAAUAUAUUCAUUUCAGAAUCUUGUGGAAGCAAUGGAUUUAAAUGCCCUUUGAAGAGCAUUUGCGUUAGAGCUUAUACAGCAUCAGCCAGCUGCAUUUGUCAAUUUGGUAAAUUGCCAGGUGAACCGCUUCAACCAGACCCAGCUACGAAAAACCAGAAAAUGCCUCAGAGUAUUACAAAUGUGGAUGCUGUGUUGCAAUGCCAACAAAAUGGGUAAACAAAUGCUGUACACAAUCAAGACAGCCUUGCAUAACCGCCUAGCCCUCUCUUCCCACAGUGGCACAGUUAGUACUUGAUGGAAAUGUUCGAUCUGGACAUGGCCAUGCAUUAGAGGGAUCAUUGAGGGAAACUUUAUUAUUCAUUAAUCCAUUUUACUGCAAUUAUCUCCCCAUGACAGGGAGGAUCAUUUUAAAUAUUUUGAAAGAACUUGGGUAAUUCACACCUGUUAAGGCCCAUUCACACAAGCGAUUUUAAACUUUGAUUUUCUCCUUUUGGCAUUUGUGUUUUAGCAAAAUUACAGGAAACAUUACUUUGCAUGGCUUGAUUAUUUACUCUAACACAUACACCAAAAGAAGAAAAUUGCAGUUCAAAAUUGCUUCAAACUUAUUAUAAGCUUUCUCUGUCUACUAACCACAGCAAAUUUUGCUAACAAAUGAAAGCCUUUAUCAUGUUACUGCCGUUCCAAUUGAAGUGUUGCUCAAAUAUUGAUUCAAUACAUUACCUCGGGCUGACCACUUCAUUUCAUCAAGUUCCUCGAGAUAUUCAUACACUUCCUAGUAUAAUUGUAAACUUCCUGUUGAAUAGUUUGAAUGCACCAAUCACCUUUGUUGUUUGUGCAACUAACCAAUCAUAAAUAGAAAGGAAGUGACCAGAAAUUAUCAAAUACUUGGAACUGGCUCUUUCACAGGAAGUGUAUGAAUAUCUCAAGGAACUUGAUCAAAUGAAUUGGUCAACCUGAGGUAAUGUAUUGAAUCAAUAUUUCAGCAACACUUCAAUUGGAAUGACAGUAAUGGUUAAAUGUUUAUGAACAGUAAUAUUUCAUUAUAUAAAAGACCAGUUAUCAAAUACAUUGGAUGUUCAAGCACAACAUUUUGUAUAUUGACAUUGAUUUUUUUAUUCUUUAAAAUUACUCCUUGCUCCUUACUUCAGUCCUGAAAAGUGUAUUGCUGUGCACCGAAGAUCAAUGAAUCCAAUAUGGACACCCUGGCUCAGUAUUGGGGUCCAGGGGUUUGUAAUCAGAUUUCCUUCUCCUAGGUGGAUCGCCUUUCAGGGAUUAUGAGCUCCACCUAACAGAACACUUUGUUUCAUGCAAAUCAAAAUUUGGCUUUCCAAAAAGUCUUAAGUGCUCUUAAAACACGUCAAUCAACAUGCCUACAGAACGAUCAAAAUAUUUGUUUGAAAAUGUGAUAUGAAGAAUAUGGAAUUUCAUAAUGAAAAGUGAAAACUAAAAGUCACUUUUUUUCUCACUAGGAUUCAGGAAAGCAUAAAAUGUUAUACAUACCUUCAUUAUAAGUUGUAGGAUGUAUUCGUACUGCCUAGGAGAAUCUUUAAGAAUCUUUAUAUGGCUCCAUUGCUGUUUCUUCCCCUUGCUGAACAUAUACUGGCAAUGGCUCAUGUCUGCAUUGUAUUGUUUCAUCUGGCUACUGAUCCGUCUGGGUUUCCACAGCGCUAUAAGUGAACAAUAAAAUUUUGUAAUGAGGAAAUAUAACAACAUUAACAUAACUGAAAUAUCCAGGGAUAUGUGUUAUGUGCUUACCACAAUUAAAUCCGUCUUGAUGUUUCGUAUACAGGCUCGAUCAGCAUAGUAUUCGCGAACCCUCGUCACUUUUAAUUCCAGCUUCAGUUUUGAAAUGAUUUCACCGUCCAAUAGUAUCAUUAAAGUACAUUUUCGUUGCAUACCUUUUCGCGAAAUGUUCUUUUCGAUUUCCUGGUUGGUUUUGGCGACCAGCAUUAGAAGAAAUUGCCUUUGAAGUGGACGGCUCUAUUAUAUAACUCUUACGAGUCGGCCAUUUUGAGCGCGCAUAUCCGAAUAAGGACUGGAGAGCACACAAAAUCAAAUCAAAACAAGUGUGCUCACAUUUGUUUACAUUUUUGACACAUGCGCAGAAGCGACUGUAAUCUAGCUUUAAUAUUUUAUGAUGUGGCCGGAGCUCAGAGCUGUAAUUCGGCCGGAGCCGGAGAUGAAAAACCGGAGUUUGCACAGCACUAGCCCCAAUGCAUCCUACUUUAUUAUUUUAACCCGUCUAAUUCCAGAUGAUUUUACUUGUGAAGGGGAGAGUGCUGGCACUCAAUGGGCAGAUCAAUAGGCUGAUAUUAAUAGGCCGUGGGCUGUUAGCCAAAAGUUAUUUCGCUUUGUGGCACCCAUGUGGGAAAUACUUGGUUUAGGGUUUAUCUGAAAGGCAUAUAGGUACAUCACUACCAAAAAAAGUUCCCAAGCAAAAACGUUGCCCAAUCCCGAGAAAAUGGGUGAUCAAUGAUUAUCCUCUAUUAAAUUGUAUUACUGCAAAAAAAUGGGAAAUUCUGUAUUCAAUUACAAUAAAAAUGACUUGCAUUAUCUGAAAACAUACAAAAAACCGCAUAUAAGCCUUUUAAACAGUUUUUUUUUGUUUUUCAAUUAGUCUUUGAGUUAUUGCUGUUUUAAAUGUGAAAAUUGGACCAAAAUGUCACAAUAAGGACUAGGUACUAGGUCAAAAACACUUUUUGACAACAUAUAUUAACUCGAAAACAAUUUUAGGUAUAAACCAGAGGGCACUCAGAGACUGCAUACGUCCGCCUACGCGCAAAAUAUUGAAGUAAUCUAUUGUUAUUAGAAUUUGAAUGGCUGGUGCAUAUAUUAUGCACGUCCUAAUUAUGCAUUCAGUAUAAAGUUUUAUUUAAUUGACCGGGAAAAGCAAGACAAACUUUUGUUAUUUCUCAUUCAAUUUUUAACCAAAUUUAACCAAAUUUUAAUCAGUUCUUCCUUAGCCGAUGGGAAAUGCACUCACAAAAUUUCGUACGGAUAUGUUUGGUAUUUCUUGAGUUAUCGUGCUCACAGACAAACACACACACAUACAUACACACAUACAUACACACAUACACACACACAUACACACACACAUACACACAUACAAACCCAGAUGAUUACAUAACCUCCUGGCGGAGGUAAAAAACUGUUUAAAUGUCUUAUAUGUAGGUUUUUGUAAGCUUUCUGAUGAUGCAAGUCAUUUUUGUUGUAAUUGAAUACAAAAUUUUACAUUCUCUUGCUGUAAUACAAUUUAAUGGAGGAUAAUCACUGAUCACCCAUUUUCUCGGUGUUGGGCAAGUUUUUUGCUUGGGAACUUUUUGUGGAAUUAAGCAUGCAUCUAUGGUUCUAUGAAUUGAACCACAGAAAAAAUCUAUUUCCCAGGAGGGUGCCACAAAAUUGCUUUUCUAGGCACUUUUUUGCACAACAGCCCACAGCCUAUAACCUAUUAUAAGCACAUGCAGCAGUGCAGUGAGCGCUCUCCACUAUAGCUAAUUUAAUAGUGAACAUUUACGUUAUAAUCAUAUGAAACAGAGUAGUUAAUUUAAUGAAAACUUUAACAAGCAUUUAUUUGUUGUGGCAUAUUCAUUUAUUUAUAUAUUAUCAAAGUGGGCAAUAUUUGUUAAUAAUGUCCUGGUAAAUAUCAUGAUUCAGUGCAGUUUGUACUUAUCAAGUAUUAUGUAAUUUACGGAUCAUUUUUCUUUAUAGGCUCAGGAGCAAAGUCGAAAAACUUUUUUUCUGGCUUUGUUUGUGGUCAUCUUGCAAAGCAUGUUGAAGCUCGACAUUUGGUUAAAUUAAAAGAGGAUCGUUUCAUUCUACGUUUUAAUGAUAUUGAUAGGAUUACCUCUAUUUACUGUGACUAUAUCUAUAAAGAAAAAGGCAAAACAUUAAAGAGAGACUUUAAGAAUAGGAGAGAUAAUUUUUUAAAAAUAGUGGGGCAAUUAGAAAGUGAUGGGUUUCUGAAGAAUGUUGGUAGUGGGAAAGACUAUGACAAAGAAUUUCUCAAGUUUGAGGUUAAAAAUAGUGGAAUGUGGCAUUCACUUACAAAAAAUUAUUCUGUUCCGAGAAAUCCUCUCAUGGUAAUACGGCCAUUAUGACAUUUAUCUUUAAAUUUAUAUUCUUUCCAAAGUUUGUAGCAAUUUAUACAUUAUUCUGGUCUAUUAACAAGAGUGAAUUUAAUUUUAACUUUCCAGAAUCUUGAGAAUUUUUGUGCAAGUCGUGGUGAACCAGAUACAGGACUAGGUAUUUUUAUGCAAGUUUGUAUUUAGUACUAGUUUACAUGGACCCACUUUGCCAGCAGGGAAUGCAGGGAUUAUUCUGAUAUUAUGGCCCGAUUUUGAGGGGAGGUGCGGCGGGAGGUGUGCACCUGAGAUCGUUUUGCAACUCCCUGAGAAUUUUUGCACCUCCCCUGAAAAAUUAUGCACCUCUCCUUGGGAGAAUUUCCAUGAUAGCGAUUAAAGUGAAAAUUUGACAUUUUUUGGUUGCUUAGGGUCUACACUUUGCAAGAAAUGUUUUUCUGUAAAAUUGAAACAGUGAUACCCAUUUAUCUCUGUGUCAAGUACCCAGGGACGUGGCAAAUCAUCUGAAGUUGGUGGGUGUUGGAGGAUUUUGCCUGAAAUUUGAACUUCAAUAUUAAAAAUUUACCUGAAGUGUAAUAUUAUAAUAGAGCCUUUUCUGAUUGAUUGACUCACAAUAACUCUAUUUUCAUGGUGAGCUUUUGAAAAAAACGGGGGUCUUAAGUGUUCCUCCCAGAAGCUCCAGGACUGCAAUUUUGGUGUUUUCUAAAGCAAAUUAUUUUGCAAAUGAAUUGCAUCUAAAUUGAUUGUAUUGUACAAAAAUGGUUAUUAUUUCACAAAAAUAACAACUUUUAUUACAUUAAUUUAGUUUAUUGUACGAUCAUCCAGAUUAAAUUUUUUAAUUAUUUCUGACGUUUCGGCUACCUACACGGCAGCCAUUACGUCAGAAAUAAUUAAAAAAUUUAAUCUGGAUGAUCGUACAAUAAACUAAAUUAAUGGAAAAACCCGGAUUCAAGCCCUUUAGUGAACUUUUAUUACCCCAAUUUUACCUGAAAAUGUCAAAAUUUAAACUUGAAUGUUACCUGAUUUUUUAUGCGAGAGUUUCACAUUUGGAGGGAUUUACAACCCCCCCCCCCCCUCGGUUGCUGCAUCCCUGCAAGUACCCUUUUAAUGUGAUAUUUUGAAAGAAACUUAAGUUUGUAGUAGUAUUAUUGUAAAGAAGGUGAAAAUUGGAUGAGUUGUACAGUUACAAUUCAUUAAUACACUGAUACAUAUAUAUGUACAUUACUGAGUGAUGCAUAACACCAUGUUUUUGACUUGGCCUGUUCUAUAUAGCCCUAACAGUCUGUCCAUGCGGGUUGUGCGCUAAACCCCUGCACCUCCCUAAAUAUUUCUCCACUUUCCCCACUAUUUUCACCAAAAUCCAGCCUUGUCUAGUAAUGUAUUAUAAAACAAAUUACAUUUCAUAAUUAACCAAAACUAUCAUGUUAUUUUCCUUAUAAAGUUUUCACAAAAAAACACAAACAAAAAGUUGCUUUAUUAUAAUUUAAGCUGCCAUACUAAUUUUAACUACAGGACAUUAUUUCACUUUUCAUUUAAGUCACUAAUAUUGCAUUGAUCGAUACAUCUACAUGCAGUACAUUGUCCAUGUAUAGCUAAUCCAUUAAGUGAGUUGCAUUGUACCCCAAGACACUAAUAGCUGCCUUAUUAUUUUACCUUGUCUAACAUUAGUCAAUUUUGCUUGUCGCACUCACGAUCAAUGACCAGUUAUAAUCUCCAAUCCGUCUAGUUAACCCAUUAAAUUGUAAUACAGCUUCUGUUAUUAUUUCAUUCUUUCUAAUACCAGCCAGGUUAUUUCGUGUUCGUAUUUUAGCCAAUCAGCGCUCAGAAAGGGUUGUCCGAAUAGAAAUCCAUUUUGAUGUAUUCAGUCAAUUAUAUCUUUUGUUAUUCUUUAUGAAACUAGUUGAAAUUUUGUAAUUAUGUUUGGUUAUACGAACUAUAGCUCUGAAAAAAAUAUGGAAUCGAAAUAAAGUAUAUUACAGGAGAUAUUCCGUUGUUUUAAUCAUUAUAAAGUGGAUUUCUAUUUGACAACUAGUGCCAGUACUUUUCUGCGUAUCAAGAUCAUCUGGAGAUGAUUUUACUUGUGAAGGGCAGAAUGCUGGCGCUCAAUAGGUUAUAAGCAUCCUAUCUUAUAGGAGAAGCGGAAGUAACAUUGCCCUUAUUGAUCUUUUAAAUUCCAGAUGUAUAAAUUAAACUUUAUUUGAAAUAUAGCAUUACUCGUAAAUCAAAGAAGUUUAAUAGUAUAAAUAUUUCAGCAUAAGUACUUCUCAAACCACUUUAUUUCCUGUACUAAUAUAUAUACUUGUAUCUUUUUAAUAUUAUAGGCACGACCCAAUCUGAUGAGCCAUUGCAUAAUGAGGUGCAGAACACAUUGUUUAUACACAUUCACAUUCUUCCCAACCUAAACGGGCUCGAUCUGGCUUUGGCCUAUUAUUAAGUAGAGUACUCGGCAGUUGGCACUUAAUUGAUCUGUAUGUAGG